AUUGCCCGUGCAGAAUGUCUGGAAAGUUCUCUGCUUUGCGUUUUUGGGCGCUUGACAGUUUGCUAUAUAGUGCACAACGACGUGGACUUCGCACGCUUGCCAUCGGCGUAAAUUAAAAGCUUCACAGACACCCUCAGCGCUCCUUUAUCGCGUUGCAUAAUAGCUUUCGCACUCUUGGGUAAAUUAAGCGUAAUUAUUAUUAAGUGGUUUAACUGGCGUUAGUACAGUGACCUCGUUGCGUUGGUGUAGUUUUAUGACUGGUAGUCAGCUUUAGCUACUCGCUAAUUUGUGGUUGCAGGUCAGAGCAAGAGACGCCUUUUCCCACGACUUACAAUGACUGCCGAGGAGCAAACAAGCGAAGGACAGCACACCAUCCAAAUGGAGGGAGAAGACAUCACGCCAAAGAAAGAUGGGGGCGUUUUGAAGCUGAUCAAAAGGGAAGGCACAGGCACCGAGCUGCCAAUGACAGGAGACAAGGUGUAUGUGCACUAUGUGGGCACCUUCCUGGAUGGUACUGUUUUUGACACCAGCAGAGACCGAGAAUCGAGGUUCUCCUUCGAGUUGGGCAAAGUUCAAGUCAUAAAGGCGUGGGACAUUGGUGUGGCUACUAUGAAAGAAGGCGAGCUCUGCCAACUCAUCUGCAAACCAGAGUAUGCGUAUGGCUGUGCGGGCAGCCCACCCAAAAUACCCCCAAAUGCUACACUUGUUUUUGAGGUGGAGCUUUUUGAAUUCAAAGGUGAAGACUUAACUGAAGGCGAGGACGGAGGAAUCAUCCGUCGUAUUAUCAGCAAAGGGCAGGGAUACUCCAAGCCGAAUGAAGGUUCCUCUGUUGAAGUGACCGUGGAGGGCACCUGUGAGGGACGUGUGUUCGACGAGAGAGAACUCAAGUUCGAGGUCGGGGAUGGAGAAAGUCUGGGAUUGCCAAAUGGAGUGGAGAAAGCCAUCAUGGCCAUGGAGCAGGGAGAAGAAGCUAUCUUUCACAUCAAACCCAAGUAUGGCUUUGGGAAUGUUGGAAAUACCAAAUAUAACAUUCCUGGCGGAGCAAUGUUGCAGUACAAGAUAAAGCUAACAGCCUUUGAAAAGGAAAAAGAAUCCUGGGAGAUGAAUUUGUCAGAGAAGUUGGAGCAGAGCAGCCUUGUUAAAGAGAAAGGCACACAGUAUUUUAAGGAGGGGAAGUUCAAGCAGGCAUCUGUGCAGUACAAAAGGAUCGUGUCAUGGCUUGAAAACGAGUCUGCUUUGUCUGAAGAGGAUGAGAAGAAGGCUACUGCAUUGCGGCUGGCUGCUCAUCUGAACUUGUCCAUGUGCUACCUGAAACUCAGAGAGCCCAACCCAGCUCUGGAGAACUGUGACAAGGCCCUGGAGUUGGAUGAGUCCAAUGAGAAGGCAUUGUUCCGGAGAGGAGAGGCACUGUUUGGUAUGAAGGAAUUUGACAAGGCCAGAGAUGACUUCCAGCGUGUUGUUCAACUCUAUCCUGCCAACAAAGCUGCCAAGAGCCAGGUGGUUCUGUGUCAGAGAAAAAUCAGGGAGCAGCACGAGAAGGACAAGCGCACUUACGCCAACAUGUUCCAGAAGUUUGCAGAGAGGGAUUCAAAGAAAGCGGCUGAUAAGAUGAAGAGCAAGGAGAACGGCAGCGGUGACAAUAAUGAAGAAAUGGAGAUAGAGAGCGGCGAAAAGGCAACAGAGAGCCAAGCAAAAGCCUAAACGCUUCUCACAUAGCUCAGACUGUACUACCGACGGUUCAUCUGUUCUUCAGACUUUUGUUACUUCAACCAUUUGUGUUUAAGACUGUGUGUCAACAACAGCACUGACUUUUCUGACUCUUUGUCCAAGCAUCUUGUCGUCGCACUCGUGAUGGCGAAGUCCGCAGGUGUGAUGUGGUUUUAAUAGAAUAUUAGCGCGCUACCGCUUCCGCUUCUGAAAUUUUCAAACCACAGCUUACCACUGUGCUUGUGUUUCAUUGCUUUUUGUGUACAAGUGUUUGUAGAGAAUUGUAAACCCUUGACUGUAAAGGGCUAUUCACAUUGCACUAUCUUUGUUCUCUACCCUUCCUCUUUCCUAAGUUUACUAUUCAUCCAUCCAUCCAUUCAACCAUCCAUGCAAGCCAUCUCUUAUGGGCCUACUGAUCAAUUCCUGGAGUUGUAGUGGCUGUGGAUGUGGUUUGACUGCUCCUAAAGUAUGUAUGUAGCAGCAGGAGGUGUUGACAUGUAUGUAUGUUAGUUGAUUAGUUAGACUCAGUUCUCUUACGAUGAAGAUGAAAUUCUCCUGCUUAAGCCCCUUUUUAGGUUUGGGAUUAUCCACCAGUGCUUUGGAAAUAUUGGCAGUGUACCCUAAUACUUUUUCCCAAGUGUUGUGCUUGUGAGUUCUGAAUUGUUUGUCAAAGUGUUGAAUACAUCAUAGAAAAUAAUCAACUGGAAUAUCUCAACAUGAAUUAAAGCAGCUACAGUAUAA